CCUUGGUUGAUAUACAUUUUGUAUUUUACUGUCUGUGGAAUUGAAUAUUGAUGAAAGUCAUUCUUUUUGGUUAUGUAGUGUUUUACUCGAACGUGUGUAGGGUCUCUCUAUUCGAAUUUGUCAUAAUUGUCAAUUGUUAAAUUAAUAUUCUCAGUUGAAAAAAAUUGUUAUAGCUAAACUUCAUCAUGGGUCGGAUGCACACACCCGGGUAAAUAUUUAAUUGAUUUUAUUAAAAUUCGUUCAAUAAAGGUGGACCUUAGAAUAACUAUACGACAACGAUAAUAUGCAUUCCAUAUUAUACAACAAUAUAAUACUAUGUUUUCGUUAGUCGUUUUUGUUGUUCGUUGAGAGCUUUUUCAAUUAUGUGUAUAAUUUCACAAAUAUUUUGUGAUGUGCUUGCAGAAAAGGUAUUUCAAAAUCGGCAUUGCCAUACCGCCGCAGCGUUCCAACAUGGUUGAAAUCUUCGUCUGAAGAUGUCAAAGAUCAUAUUUUCAAGUUAGCCAAGAAGGGUUUGACCCCAUCUAAAAUAGGUAAUGAAUAAUAAAUUGAUACUCUUAUAUUAAACAGGACAUUAUGUAUAAUAUCUUGAAACUGUCAAGCGCUCUUUUAUUAAUGAUAAAAGAGCAUACCUACAUAUAAGUUAUUAUGAGUUAAACAUCAUGCACAUCAUAUAAUUGUAGAUUUAAUUUUUUUUUGUUUAUCAUUGUACUCUUAAGAUAUUGAAGUGUUUUAAAUGAAAAAAAUGAUUUAAUAAAUUAUCAAUUUUGAAUAUUGUGGAAUAAGUGUUAAUUUUCGUCUGGGAGCUAUAAUUUAUUUUGUUUGGUUAAAACAUUUAUAUGUUAGUACCUGGGUAUUAAUUAAACUAAAGAAUAUUGCUCUAUGAUGAUUUAUAUACAUCUUUCUGAACACCUUUUUAAUUGGUUUUCAGUUUUAUAUGGUCUAUAAUGAGGACUUAACGAGGCAUUUGUCUGAGAGCGUAAUUAUUUGAGAUUUUUGUGAACACUAUUGAAAUUUUUAAGAAAAAUAAAUUUGCCCAAUAUCCAUAUCAAUAUAUAGUUUUAAUUUUAAAAUUUUGGAUGAGGCAAUUGACAUUUAUUUAGGAGCCUACUAAAUUAGAACUAGACUUAUCGCUUAUUUUGAGUUAUAUUUUAACUGUAUGUUUAAUUAUAUAUCUAUUCAAAAAAAUUAAUAUCAAAAGUAACUAAAUAAUUCAACAAUUUGUAAUUAUCCAAUUUACUGUACAAUGUGCAUAGUUCAUAAACUUUUCCCAUAAUUAAACUACUACCUACUGAAUAUUACAUGUUAUCAAUGUUGUAUAUGUAUUAAUCUUAAGUUAAUUUGUAUUAUCUCUGCUCAAAGAAUUUUAAAAUGAAAUAAUGAUGCUCUAUGAUGAUUUAUUUACAUAUUUUUCUGAACACCCUAUUUAACUGGUUUUCAGUUUUAUUAGGUUUACUAUGCAGACUAAUCGAGGCAUUUGUCUGAGAGCUUUUAUAUUAUUCAUACUCUGUAUUGAUAAAUUACCUGUCUACUAUACUCUAUUCCUGUUAAGAAUACACCAAUUCGCACAUAUGCGGCUGAGUGCCAAACAUUAGCACGCCAUCGCUGUGUAUACAGCGAGUCAUAAUAUCUAUAAUACCUAUCGUCAAACGAAUCAUGGUAAUAUACGCGUAUAUUAUACAAACUAUUAUCAAAAUUACGCAACUUAAAACAGAUAUAUGUAGCUUUUAGGUUGAAAUUAGAAUUUAAACACAAAUAACAUGUUUAGAAAGGAAUAUUUUAGAAGAUUUAUUUACAAGAAAAUUAAGUUAUAUUGACAUUUUUUUUUCAAAUUACUAAUAUAUUACAAAAUUAAACAUUUUCAAAACAAAUUUUAAUUUGAUGUAGUUUCUUUAGUGACAUUGAAAACUACUUGUUGAGUUUCCGCGGUCAGCGUGUCAUCAACAAUAAAAUCAAUUUUCAAAAUUUGUCUUCUUUUUUUUAUUGUGAUUUAUGAAAUUUGUCCACAUUUCAGAAUUCACACAUUCUAUGCCUUUAUUCAAUAAUACUUUUAUGUCAGCCAACUUGUACAUAGUGUUGUGGGAACGCAUGCACAAAAACGAAUGUGUUUUCGUCUGCCACCAGGUGUACUCUUAAUUGGAAAAGAGUAUAAGAAAGCUAAUAUUUAAUAAAAUAAAAAUGCUCUAUGAUGAUCUUUAUACAUAUUUUUUCUGAACACCUUAUUUGACUGGUUUUCAGUUCUAUUAGGUUUACUAUGCAGACUUAUCGAGGCAUUUGUCUGAGAGCUACUUUUAAGUUAAAAUUAAUAUUGUAGAAACACAACAAAAUAUAUUGAAUUUUUAAUAUGUCUACAGGUGUUAUCUUGCGAGAUUCCCACGGUGUUGCCCAAGUAAGAUUUGUGACUGGAAAUAAAAUUCUUAGGAUCAUGAAAGCUAUGGGUCUAGCUCCUGGUCUUCCUGAAGAUUUGUACCAUUUGAUCAAGAAAGCUGUAGCAAUCAGGAAACAUUUGGAAAGAAAUAGGUAAUGUUCUGAAUUUCUAUGAAGUCAAUUAACAAUACAAUAUUUUAACUAACUGUAACGUUUUACAUUUGCUUAUACUUUACUAUCUUAAAUAUCCAAGUUAAAUGUUCAUGGUUGCUAAUUGGAUUUAAAUUGGUCAGGAAAUUCAUUUUAUUUUCUAGAAUUAAAAAAUAUAUAUAUUUUCUUAGUUAUUUAUGUUAUUUAUGGUUUCAAGAACCAUAGCAUAUCAAAAAUUAAAUCAGAUACUUGUUAUCAGGUUAUCAAAAAAAAAAUUAAAUUUUCAGACAUUUAUAGUCUUACCAUUAUCAUAUUUAACCAGAUUAAUACCAUUGACUAAAUAGUUUGGUACAUCUAAUGGGGUCUAACGUGUGUCACGCCUCCCCCCCAAAUCCUGUACCAUGGUGCAAAAGUUAUCGACACUAUGGCUUUUGGCUAUUAUAUUAUAAGAAUCUUUUUUUGUUAACCUUUUUUUUCUGCUGAUUACGUUUUUAGAAUGUUUUAUUUUUUUAUCCAAUUGAGAUUUUAUAUUCCUCUGAUGCGGUUUCAACCACUCUGGGGUUUCUAGAUUUACUUACAUAGGUAGCUUUGUCAUGAUCUGAUCAUGACUGAUCCCUGUGUCCACUCUUCUCCCCUUUGAAGAACUUCUGUAUCUGCCCUUGGGUGCAGCUGUUUACAUAUUAUAUUUCAAUGGACAUUUGAAAAACAAUUAUUAUCAUUUAAAUUUUAUUUUUGUUAUAUUAUAAUGAUUCAUAUUAAAUACAAUGAAUAAAGAAUUUAGUAUGUCUGAUUACUUAUAAAUUAUACAAUAAUAAUGCAAUUGAAAAAUAAUAAAAAAAAUAAUUAGAUAUUUUAUUGUUAUGUUUAGGAAAGACAGAGAUUCCAAAUUCCGUUUGAUUUUGGUUGAAUCGCGUAUUCACCGUUUGGCACGAUACUACAAACGCAAGUCAAAGAUUGCCCCUAACUGGAAGUAUGAAUCCAGCACUGCAUCUGCUUUGGUUGCUUAAAUAAACUGUUUUAUUUGUAUGGAUGUUAAAAAAGAAAUAUAACUUACAAUUUAAGUUCACCAACUAUUCUUUUUAUUUAUUUAUUAUUUAAAUGUAUUCUUUUUAUUUAUUUGUGACUACCUAUCUCUAAUUGGCUCCUCUACCACUACUUUCAUUAGGAUAGGUACUUCUAUUUAUUUUUUCAAUAUAGGACAGUUGGCAUAUUAA